AUGUCUCCCGAGCUGCUUUCUUUGCUCCAACAAGCGUUCCGCUCGCCCCGGCGCACCGCCUCCCCUUCCGCUCUCAUCAUGGCCGAAGCUGCUCCGCCAACGGGCAUGGGGAAUCGCCAACUUCGAGAGUGGAUCCAGGAAUGGGGCAGUGCUUGGGAUUUCCUCGGCCUCGCUCCGGGCAGUGCGAUGAGUGAAGUUCUUCGCGCUUACAAACGCACGGCGAUCCGCCUACAUCCGGACAAAAGCCCACCGGAGGAGGUGGAAAUGGCCACGGCGCCACCGCCAAAAGCCCCGCCACCGAGCUCGAGUUCCUCUUCGGCACCACCUCCUCCUGGCAAAGGCGCUGGCAAGGCGUCACCGCCACCUGGACGCGGAUCCGGCCCGAGUUCCUCGGCAAAGGGCAAGGACAAAGGGCGCUGGGGCACCCCCUUCUACGACACCAGCAGUGAUGAGUUUUCCAGCGCUGGCCCAGACACCGAGUCCUCUGGCCCGGAGAUUGACAGGUACCCGCGCAUCCGCUGUGGACGUGUUCUGAGGUGCUGCAAUCAGUGUGGGCAUCACCAGUACGCUUGGUGCAUGAGGUGCGGAUGGGUGCGGCACCACAGGCGAUGGAGACACGAACGCCGACCCAGCGAGCACAAGGGGCCUCCCUAUGGGUAUCGCCGACAGCAAAAGGGAGCUUCUAAAGGCCCCUACGGCGACUCCGCCCCGGGGACUCUUCAGGAGGAAAGGGGCCCAAACAUGACGGAGAACCUCCUCGCGGACCUCAAGCCAGUGGAUGCGGAGGAACCGGAGAAGCUCGGUUCUUCGUCAGCUGGGGCUCCACCCAGAGCCAACCCAUGGGCGCCUCCGCAGGAGAGGAUCCCAACCAAGGCGCCACCGCCCUCCACUUUCAACAACACGAUGCGGUGGAUCUGCGGAGGCUGUGGAGAACCGAAUGGCCUUCACCGAUACGGCUGCAAUGGGUGCGGCCGCUCACAACACGCUGUUGGCAACGUGCAGGAGAAGGCGACCCACUGGAUUUGCCCAGACUGCAACCAGUGUUCAGGGUGUGGAUGCUGGCGGCCGAGACACGGGUCUCUCAUCAAUAAUGGCCCAGCCCCAGACGACUUGCUGGUGCACCCGAGGGCGUCCACAGCCCCACCGCCCUCUUCUGCUACAACCGCGCCGAGCUCACAGCCAUCUCCGCCGCCUAAGCCAAAGUCGGUCUACUUCGCCAAGAAAGUCUUGGGAAAGGCAAGGGCAUGGGCGCACCGCCAGAAGGACCUCUACCACAUACCCCGGUUGCACCAAAGAGCUACGCCCCGGCAAACUUCGCGAAUGUGUACAGCUGGUGGUCUUCAGCCUGUAAUCGAUCCGCCCCAGGGGCCAGCUCCGAAGAAGGCCAGGGCCAGGGGCCCCGCGGAGGAAAAUCGCCCUAUGGUUGUGGUGCCGAAUGGAGAGGCGUUGUGGUUCACCGUGCGCGAGCUGGACGAGACAACCCCCAGGCUGGUCUUACCCUGGACCCUCUUCCAGCACGUGGUCAUGUGUCGCAGAGCCCUGUGCGGGUUGCAGUCGUGGGGGCGCGUGGGGGUGGUCUUCAUUCGGCGAGUCGCACAAGACAUCUUGUACUGGGCACGCCGACGGGGCCAUAUGUCCCGGAUCCAUAUCGCCAACCAGAACAACCCGUGCUUUAUGGAUCUGCAGGCUGCACAUCCGGAACCUCAAGGUGAUCUACCGCCCCUCAGUCCAGCGACGGGAGACCAUCGCCCUUUGUUCACCUUCCAGGACUUCCUGAGAAACCCCAGCCUUGGGCAGCACUACAGGGGAAAUGAAGGGCCACCUCGUCCGGGCCGUACCGCCCUGCCCUGCAUCUACGCGACCCCGCUUCGUCGGCUCCUGCUUGCAGAAACUUAUGCGGAAGCAGACAAUGCCCAGAAUGUCAUGGGCCGGUGGGCUAUGCAGAUUUUGGGCGAUGAGCCGGCCGUCCCGCCAGAUGAGGGUGCACCACCUGCAGACGGAGGCAAGGGUGACUCCGCCCCGAGCUCGACUCCUAGUGGCAAAGGCUCGGGGAACACCGUUAAGAGGGCCACUCACUGGUACUGCAAAAGAUGCUCUUAUGGUGCGCCGAUCACUCGUUCGAUCUGCACCAUGUGCAACCGCAACAAGGAGCAGUGUGUGGUGUCCGACGACGAGGAAGCGGAGGACGACGUCGCCCUCAACGAGGAGGAGCUUGAGGAGGUCGCUCGCCUUGAGCGAGAAUGUGCGGAGCUGGAGCACUGGAGCCAAAAAGGCAAGGGAGGAUCCAGCAACGUCAAGGUGAGGGCAUCCAACGACACCGCCCGGAAAGACCCCAAGUACCUUGCCGACCUGGAUGCGGGGGUACCCUUGACGGUGGCAUUCCAGCGCCACCGCUCCCGACUACGUGCCGUGCAGCAUCAGGUGGCCCAAGGCAAUGUGGCAUUACAGCCCCGGUCUACUCCAAUGCAGACUGUAAGGGCGUUGCCGCCCAUGAUGAGCCUGGGCCGUUCCCAUCGCCUCUACCUCCUCAACAGACUGGAGAGAUUGGAGAGGCACUACAGCGAGCACCUCGACGGGAACCUCUUCUGCCCCGUCGGGUACAACCGCGGACGGGUGAAGCUGCAGGUGAUACCGCCCCAGCUGGAACCGAUUUGCCUGCUGAUGAUUCAGCAAGGCGUUCCGCCAGAAUGGGGGCCAGAGGCUCCGAUGUACAGUGGGCGGCGUGGCGAUCCGCCCUUGUUUGUUUUGCAAGUUGUUUGUGAGUUGAAGCAAAGCCUCAGACAGCGGACAACGACGGAUGGGUGA